AUGUCGCAGAACACGCACCCGUCGACCAUCGGCGCCCGCUCCGACAUCCUCCUGGCCAAGCGGCUGCCCCCGAAGCAGAAGGUCUUCCUCAUGGUGCAGCCCCCCGCGGGUUGGUUCGGGAUUAGGAGCAGGUGGGAGUGGGACUCCGCCCGACGCGGGGUGGACUUGACCGGUUCAACAGCGACGCUCCCGGACGCGGCGGCCGGCUCGGGGUCCGGGAUGCCGCCGCCGUGUCGGUCGUCGGAGUCGAAGGCUAGUUUAGGGCUUUAG